CACCAGGACCACGGGGAGAAGAUGCGCUGACACACACACGGCUGGAGAACAACUUUAUUCAGCAGCCAACGUUAUAUUUGGGAGUGUGUGUGGAUAACUCACGCGGUGGUAACUCCAAACUGAGGGGGGUGGGGUGGGUCAAGUAGUUGCGUGUGUUUUUGUUUUCUUUUUUUCUGAAGCAUCAAGUACAACUAAGCAGCACUGUCCUGUGUUGUAUUUCACAUAUGUCGCGAAAGCAGGUCGACCAUGACUACAAUCUCCGUAGUAUGAGCAACCUGAUGGGCGAGCGGUGGAAGAAAGUGAGCGACGGAGGAGAGCGGAGUCUCAUCAAGGCUCCGUCCAGCGCCAGCAUCAGCAGCCAGGGCGCCUCCGCCGCGGCUUCCACCGCCGGUGCGCCAGCAGCGCCCCCCGCUUCCACCGGGGACCUGGAGAGGGCUGCCCGCAAGCAGUUCCAGCAGGAUGUCACGCCCGGCUUCGUCUACGUCCUGGCGGCGUUCUCCGCCCUGGGGGGCUUCUUGUUCGGCUACGACACUGGGGUUAUCUCCGGGGCGAUGCUCCUGCUGAAGAGGGAGAUGGACCUGAGCGCCCUGUGGCAGGAGCUGCUCAUAUCAAGUACUGUGGCUGCAGCCGCCCUGUCUGCCCUGCUGGGCGGCUUCCUCAACGGGCUCUUCGGGCGCAGAGUGUGCAUACUGCUGGCCAGCUUCUUCUUCACCGUCGGGGGCAUCGUGCUGAGCACCGCCCCUGGCAAGGAGGUUCUCCUGGCGGGGAGGCUCAUCGUCGGAGUGGGGCUUGGUAUUGCCUCUAUGACAGUGCCAGUGUACAUCGCUGAGGCCUCUCCGCCCCACCUCAGGGGUCAGCUGGUGACCGUUAACACCCUCUUCAUCACCGGUGGACAGUUCACUGCCAGCCUCGUCGACGGCGCCUUCAGCUACCUGCAGCGUGAUGGGUGGAGGUACAUGUUGGGUCUGUCGGUGCUUCCUGCCAUGCUCCAGUUCAUAGGAUUCCUGUUCCUGCCGGAGAGCCCUCGCUGGUUAAUCCAGCGUGGGCUGACCCAGAAGGCCCGCCGCGUUCUCAGUCAAAUCCGAGGCAACCAGAACAUCGACGAGGAAUACGACUGCAUCAAGAACAGCAUCGAUGAGGAGGACAGCGGAGGAGAUGGCCCUGUGAUCUGGCGAAUGCUGACCUACGCCCCCACUCGACGAGCCCUCCUGGUGGGCUGUGGUCUUCAGAUGUUCCAGCAGCUUUCAGGAAUCAACACAGUCAUGUACUACAGCGCCACCAUUCUGCAGAUGUCAGGCGUGCGGGACGACAGGCUGGCCAUCUGGCUGGCUGGACUCGCCACCCUCACCAACUUCCUGUUCACCCUGCUGGGGGUGUGGCUGGUGGAGAGAGUAGGGCGCAGGAAGCUCACCUUGGGCAGUAUCGUAGGGACGUGUUUGAGUUUGAGCCUGCUGGCCGUCGGUUUCCUGAUGUCUGCCCAGCACAGUCCUCCCGUCACCUUCCACCCGUUAGACCCGUCCAUGUCCAACUCCACCUGCUCCAAAUACCAGCUGUGUGAGCCAUGCAUGCUGGACCCUAGAUGUGGUUUCUGUUACCGUGAGAACGUCUCAGCGCUGCUCACCUCCUCCUGUGUGCCUGUCAAUAAGGCCUCCACCGAGCAAGCGGCAUGGGGCAGAUGCUCCAACUCCAGCCUGAUGAGAGAUCAGACGUACUGGGCCUACAACUACUGCCCCACCUCCUACUCCUGGCUGGUUUUACUGGGUCUGGUGUUCUACUUGGCUGCUUUCGCUCCGGGGAUGGGUCCAAUGCCAUGGACCAUCAACUCAGAGAUCUACCCUCUGUGGGCGAGGAGCACAGGGAACGCCUGUGCAGCCGGGGUCAACUGGACCUUCAACAUCCUGGUGUCUCUCACGUUCCUCCACCUGGCUCAGUACUUCACCUACUAUGGAGCUUUCUUCCUCUACUCCAGCAUGGCUUUGCUGGGUUUCUUCUUCAUCUAUGGCUGCCUGCCGGAGACUAAAGGCCGGCGUCUGGAGGAGAUCGAAGCGCUGUUUGAAAACGAGCUCUGUUCCUGCGGCGCCUCGGAUUCGGACGAGGGACGGCAGGUCGAAUACAUCAGAGUCAAAGGUUCUAACUACCAUCUAUCAGACAACGACGCGUCGGACGUGGACUAGGGAGAGUGUUUAUUCAGCUUCGGGGAUUACUGAAACAUGCAGUAAUGUAAUAUUUAUUAUUUUUGGUGUGUGUGAGCUGAGGAGCUGGUUGUCCUUCACUGUGAGGUGAGGAGUCACAGCUUCAGCCUGUUCUCUACAGUCAAACCUCUUUAGCUGAAUUUUCAACCAUGCAGCACAAAUAUCUAAAUUAUAAAAGGCUAAAACAUGAACACACAUUGCAUGUACAUAACACAUGGGACAGUUCCUGCUGCAGCUCAGUGUCAGUAAGAUGUUCCUAAUAUUUUGUACAUUUGUCGACUAAAUAUUAUUUAUGAUUAAUGUACGUACAGUAUACAAAGUGACACAGCAAUCAUGUCAUUGAGAAUCCAUUUAAACAUUUACAGUGAAUGUGGUCUUUAGUCUUUAGUUGAUCUGUAGUACCAUUAUGCCUUUCUAUGUGAAACACAUCUCAGUUACAUGUUUAAGCUUGUAGCAUAGCACAAUUAUGUCAGCUGCUCGUCUGAUGAGUCUUAGUUUGUGCUUCUGAUAUUUUUUUAUGAAAAGCAAACACCAGAGAUGUACAGUAUAUGUUGUCAGUCGGUGCCUAAACUAAACCACUCACCAAUGUAAACAUAAGUUCUGUUGCUAUAGUUGAUAUUCAUUUGAAACAAAGUGUUGCUUCAGUUUCAGGCGUGCAGAUCUGUUGCUCCCCUGCAUAUAAAGGUUUUUAACAUAUUACUAUAGACAAUAAAGUCACGAGGUUGUAUGACGCCAUGUUAUAAACCUGAGUAUCAAACAUGACAUGUCCGGCAAAGAAAGUGGUCGACUCAAACCAUGGUUUAAGUAUUUUAAAUAUGUAAUUCUAUCCUAAACAUGAUGAUAUUAGUGCCUGUGUAUUGUGAAGGUCCCUGGAAGUCCAAAUCCUUGAAGUGGAUGUAUCAGAUUAUGUUAUGAUAAUUAUAUCUACAUAGCUUUUUUAUUUUUAUUUGACAUGUACAUAUUUGCGUUUCACUUGUGAUGGAAUGUUUUUUUAUUUUUAUUAUUUCAUGUACUUUGAUUUGUGUCUUCCUCCAUAGCCUAAUGUACAAAUAGCAGAGCAUAUCAUUUAUGUGAUUCUCGUGUCAAAGGUCGAGGAGUAGGCUUUAGAGUAACUUGCCACUGUUGUUUUGUAAAAAUUGUAAAGUUGUGUGAAGUUACACCUUGUUAGUCAAAUACAUAGUUUUCUGUGUAGCAACAACUGUAUGAAAGUAGACCGCGGAGUGACUUUGUGUAACAAAACAACCAGUAAAAAGGCGUCAACAGGCUGCGCUGUGUCCGAGGACAAACCCAUCAUGAAUUAAUAAGAUAUAUAUAUAGAUAUAAUACCUCUUUUUAAUAAACUUUUCAAAUAGGAAGCCGUUUAUCAAACGCUGUGGCACAAUGUUAAGACGUUUCCAGUGACCCGUCAGAGUUGAAUGUCAAUUAUUGUGAUAUUUUUGGUAUUUGGUAUUGGUUUUGGUCAAGGUGUCACAUUUACAUACGGAUGCCUGUUAGUACUAUAUUAUUCAAGACUUAUUAAAAUGGCUUAAAAAUACUCACAAGAGGAAAGUUUAAAAGUAGAGAAAAAUAACUAUUAUUCAAAAUGUGAAGGUAUUGUUUUAUCUUUUAGAGUUUCUCUUGGUCCAGGAUGAGUUGUCUUAAAACACUAGUUUUGUACUGAAAGUAUUAUUACAGGUAGAACACACCCACACACACACACACACACACACACACGCAGCUCCAUAACACAGAUUGUGUAAUUAAACUUGUGUUGUGUGAUUGUUUCAGCUGCUGACCAGUUGUGUUGACAGCGUCCUGCACCACGUGGGGACAUUAAAUGUACUUCUGGUGAAAUGGUUGCAAUUUUUUUCUAUGUGAACCAACGAUGUGUGUUUCUACAGUUUACGAGGAGCUACAAAAAUACCAAUAAAAAAAAAAACAGUGCUGUAUAGUAAAUUUGAUUAUUGUUCAAGUUGUAUAUGUUUUGCUAGAGUUUAUAUUCUAUAAGAAAUGAAUAUCUUCAUGAAAUCUUAACACUGGAAUAUGUAUAUGGGGACAGAAAUAAACGUAUGAAUCAGA